AAGCACUUAAAAGGUGCGGCCAGUACACAUAUCUUCAGAAAGGGGUGCAAUUUGUGUACCAUUGAGUUGGCUGUGAAUGUCACAGGCAACUUUAAAAAUUUCAAGGAAUACAUCAACUAACAGACACUUCUGAAGUUUUGUGAAAAGCCGUGAAUGGACAACCUGACAUUCAAAUACAGCCUUCUGCUGGUGGAGGGACUGAAAGUGACACCUCAGUCUUCUUAUCCUGUGUUCAUCCUGCUUCUCUUGGUUUAUAUCUUUAUAAUGGCAGCAAACAUUGGACUUAUAAUUAUGAUCUCAACAGAAAAGAAUUUGCAGCACCCUAUGCAUUUUCUGUUUUGUAAUCUACCACUGAAUGAUAUAUUAGGUACCACUGUCAUUUUACCACGUUUACUGCAGGAUAUUUUAACAGAAACAUCAGAACGUUAUAUCACAUAUGUGGAUUGUGUCGUUCAAGCUUAUUUUGUGCACAUAUUUGUUGCAGCGUGCCACUAUGUGCUAAUAAUAAUGGCAUUUGACAGAUAUGUGGCUAUAUGUAAUCCACUGCGAUACACGGCUAUAAUGACCAAUAAAAUGGUGGUUAAACUAUCAGCAUCAGCCUGGGGAUUGGCAGUACUUGUGGUAACAAUUAUGUUAAGCCUCACUAUUCGUUUGUCUCACUGCAGAUAUAAAAUUGAAAAUCCUUUCUGUGACAAUGCAUCACUGUUUAAACUGUCCUGUGAAGAAAGCGUGGCAGUUAAUAAUGUGUUUGGACUCAUUUAUACUGUGGUUUUAUUUAGCUUCUCAAUUUUGUCUGUACUCAUAACAUACGUCAAAAUUGCUACCGUAUGCAUUAAAAGCAAAAACAAAGCGCUUAACAGCAAAGCCAUAAAAACAUGCAGCAGUCACAUAGCUGUUUAUUUAAUCAUGCUCGUGUCUGGGUCCACUUUUAUUUUUCUCCACCGGUUUCCUCUCUAUUCAGAGAGCAGGAAACUAGCAAGUAUAAUGUUUCACAUUGUACCACCAGGAUUAAAUCCUUUAGUGUAUGGCUUACAAACUAAAGAGAUACGACAAAAGUUUGUUAAAUUUUGGUGCAGAAAAAAAGAAACUUCUUAGUCAAUUACAUUUAUGUAUUUUUUGCAGGGUUUAGCAUUUGAUCUGUUGAGUCUGUAACGUACCAGUUCCUCUUAUCUUACAAAAAGUCUUGGGUGUACCCCUAUAAUCAGCAUACUGCAGAUGCUUUAGACAGGUUUUUAGUAAGUUUUAUAAAUAUUUAUGUGCUUUUUAGGACAACACUGGUGUUACAAAAUGUCUUCUAAACUAAAUUGCCCUGAAAUGUAUUUAUUGAUAUAUACAUUUCUUCAUAAGUUAAUCUAAUUUAUUGAAUAAAAGUAUGUCAAGUACAUUUAUGUAUGAAAUAAGUAUAUUUAUUGUGUAAUUAAAUAACUAAGCCAUAAUGUUUCAUCAAAUUAAUCUUUAAUGAUAAGUCACAAAGCUAUCAGUUACACUCUCAGAAAUAGUUUACAAAAGUUGUCACUGGGACAGUACCCUUUCAAAAAGGUACACCUUUGUACCCAAAAAGUGCAAAUUAGUACUUCAAAGGUACAUAUUGUCAGUUCAAAGAUAUAAUUUGUAUCUAAAUGGUACAUUUUAUGACCUUUUUUUAAAGGGUACUUCCCCAGUGACAGUUUUGUACCUUUAUUUUUGACAGUGUAGUGUGGUAGGAAUACUGCAGGUUUGUGUGUGAAGAUUUGAGGUGUUAAUGCAGAAAAUAUGAAGAGAAAAUAAUACAGAUGUUUAUUUAGGUACUUUGCAUUAAAGGCUACCCCGACUCGUAUGCAUUAAUGUUAUUGCCUUCUACUCAAACAUACUCAAUGAUCAACACUUGCUUGAACAUGUAAAGAGGUUGUACGGUUCUGCUCGCAGGUAAACUUUUAUAGCUAAAAUAAAAAAACGCUAUUAAUAUAGAAACACAAACUAGUUAUAGUGUAGAUAUAACAGGUUGUUAUAAAAUACAUGUGGAAAAUAAUGCAUAAAUGCUAUUAAGAUUCUUGUGUUUUUCUGGCUCAGUGGAUAUUGCAAAGGUCAUGGUUUGAUUCCAGGGAACAAACAUAAUGAUACAUGUACGUAAGUCACUUUUCAUGAAGGCUUCUGUCAAACAUGUAAAUUGUAAAUGUUGGUGCAUUUUUAUCAUGUCUGUCAGAAACAGAAUUUACAAGAUACAUAU